AUGCGUUCGUCUAAUUGCCUUUUCAGCGUCACCUCCUGGAGGAGGGAGAAGGCCAUCGCCCCUAGGCGGACUCAAGAUCAUGGAUUGUUCCAUGGUCAUUCUAACAGCCUGCCCUUUCCUCGAUACUCACAGAGCACCACGCUCGGUGGCGGCAUUGUAUCAGUUCUGGCGCUUGUCACGGACGCUCGUGACGGGCAUAACUGAUCAAUGACCGGCACCACCACGUCUGACGUUUCGCAUUGGCCGACUCGCCCAGCCGUUGUGCCCUUCUUCCUUUCUUUCCUCCUCGCCGUCUUCUCCCUACUCCCCUCCGUCCUGGAUGCCUUCCACCACCACCCCUCUCCCCCCUCCCAUGUCCCAGUUUCAACCGUCAGUCCGAGCCAAGGAUGCAAACCACACACCACCCGCUUUAUCUCUCGUCUCUCCGCCAGCAAGACAGACUACUAUUCUGUGCUCGGCCUCUCCCCGGGGGCCACGCCCGCCGAGGUCAAGCGCGCCUUCCGGGAGCGGGCCAAGACUACCCAUCCGGACUCAAGCCGCAGCGCGGACACCACACAAGAUUUUUUGGCCAUCAAGGAGGCUUACGAAACGCUGUACGAUGCCCGCCGACGCGCAGAGUUCGACCGACGGCGGCAGUUGGCUGAAGUGGCCGACUUGGCUGUGAGCGUCGGCGAGAUCUUGACCCGCGACGUGGCGGUCCCACUGGCCCGGGACGUUGCACUCCCCCUUAUCAAAACCGCCUUCGAGGGACUCGACCAGACCGUGAUCAAGCAGUUCGCCACCCCGAUCCUCAAACGCACGCUCCAGCAGUCAGCGGCCGCUGUGGAGGCCGUGCGGCAGGUGGCGCAAGACCGGGCGCAGUACUUCACGCAGGUGCAAGCCUCGUGGCGCGCGGAGGAGAUCCGAUCUUUGACGCAGCAGCUGGAAGAGAUGACGGCCAAGGCGAAGGACGCGCGCGCGCAGGUCAAGGAGGCAGCCGGCUUGGUCUCGGAGGCAGUAGACCGGGAAGGGGCCAUCCAGGCCCGGUUGGAGGCGGUGGAGGGCGCGAGUGAGUCCUCGGCGGCUGCCAUGCAAGGGUUGCGGGAGGAGAGCAGGCGGGCCCUAUCCGAUUUCCAGGAGAGGGUGGCAGAGGAAGCAGAGCGUCGACAAGCGGCACGCAGGCUGAAGACGGAAGAAACGCGGGUGCUGGCCGCCAACAAGCGCUUGGAGGCCUUCGCCCUGACCGCAGACGCGGAGGUGGCGGAGGCGGAGGAGGUCCUGCGCCGGGCCCAAACGCGGAUGGAGAAGGCCAGGCAAGCGCGGGAAAGGGCGCAGGGCUUGUUGAAGACGAGUCAAGAGGAGGCGGACGGCGUGCGAGAACGGCUCUCACAGACCAGCCUGGACCUUCAGGAGGCUUUGGCCGCGGUGGCCCCAUCGCGGAGGGUCUGGCAGGAAGCUCAGGCGCGCGAGGCGUCGUUGCUCGCUCAAUUGAAAAGCCAGAGCAAGGAGGAGGCGGCCCUGCGACAGGAACUGGCCAUGGCCGUCCGAAGACGCGAGAUGGCGCGCCGGGAAUUCCUGGCGGCCGAGCGGCGUACGGGCUUGUUCCAGAAGGGCGUGAUGGAGCUUGCCGGACAGAUAGAGCGCAAGUACAACGAGGCUCUGGCCGGCUCCGGGAUAACGAGCACGUCGGGCGCUACGUCCGCCGCGGCAGCGUCGGAAGCAGGGCAGGACCUGGGAAGGAGGACGGGGCCAGAGACAGGAGUCGGAAAAGAAGUGUCGGGAGAGGCGCGCAAGCGGCGGCAACGCGAGGCGUUUGACCUCGUCUUUGGGAGCAUACGGAAGCGGUCGCGGGGCCCGACACGGGGGAAAAAGACAGACACAGCGGUGGAGGAGGGCGUGGGCCCGGGCAGCAAGGACGAUCCAGCGACGUCUGGAGAUUGGGACUCCUCCGAGGAACCAGGAGAGCCACUGGAGGAGGCGUCAAGCGUGCAAGCACCUGCUGCGUCGACGGCUGCGGCCCCCCGGGCGGAGCCCGAAAACCCAGUAGAGGGGGGAGGGGCUCAGGAAAUGGAACGUGAUCCCGCCCAGCAGGAGCUGCAGGGCGUGGGAAGAUGACAUCGGUUGCGUCAAGUCCUCGGAACUCGCGGCGGGUGUGAAGGUUAGGGAACUUGAGAGUGUGAGAGUGGUCAGCUUACUGGGUAUGGGGCGUUCUCAGAGGCUUUUGGGCUCCAGUGCCAGAUAAGCGAGCAGUCCAGGUCAAAAACGACGAGCAAGAUCUUUGUUGUGGGUGCGUUCGUGUAUGUAGAUUGUGUACUGAAUAGAUGUAGCCCCUCGCCGUACCGUGUGGGCGCUCUUAGGCUUCCAGGACGGAAGAACUUUGCUAGAAGAGCAGAAAGGAGGGAAAGAAGGGAAAAACGGCGUGCCGCGGGUAGAAGCUUUGUAUGAGGGCUUUGCGGUGCAUGCGUGGAAAUGGUAACAACGAGGGAGACGCGGUCCGCUUGUUGAAUUGGGAAUUCUCCACUCUCAAGGAGGGGGGGGGCGGAGGAGUAGGGUGUAGGCAGGCAAGUAACAACGAGAAAGGUGAGAUGGCCAACCUGGUCUCUUCCCCACCGUCGCACAUCACAUAGUGAAUCAAGGCAUAGAUAAA